AUGGCAUCUCACAAAUCAAAGAAGCGGAAGGGGAACGACCAUGGCGGCAACGAGAAUGGACCCAUCGACACAUCAAAACCUUCGGCUGUUUUCGUGCCAUCGAGUGGGCGCACCCAUACUUUGAGUAUCGCACUUCCAGGGAGCAUCAUUGCAAACGCUGUCACGCCGGAACAGAAGACGGCUCUGGCAGGCCAGAUAGCUCGGGCUUGUGCAGUAUUCUGUGUCGACGAGGUUGUAGUCUUCAACGACGGCCAGGCCCUGAUCAGACCUCCUGAACGUGAUGGCUAUACUGCGUUUGCAGACCCGAACUACUUCUUGUACCAUGUUCUGACCUUCCUGGAAACACCACCACAUCUACGGCGCGCGCUAUUCCCGAUGCAUGCAGAUCUCAAAUUGGCUGGCGCUCUACCAAGUCUGGAUAUGCCACAUCAUCUGCGAAGUGACGAGUGGUGCCCGUAUCGUGAGGCGGUAGCAGUGCGGCAGACCGAGAGCAAGGAUGGUGUGCGGGGAACGCUUUUGGACUGUGGUCUUUCAGACCGUGUCUCUGUGCCUGUGCAGUUGGACGAUCACACCCGUGUGACUGUGAAAUUGGGCGAACAGUCGGUCGCGAGCUCGACUAAACCAAUGGUUGGAGAAGCAGUCUCGCCGGAUGCGCCACGUGAAGAAGCUGGAUAUUACUGGGGCUACAGCGUUCGACAAGCGUCGUCCUUGGGUGCAGUCUUCACCGAGGCGCCAUACGAUGGAGGCUAUGAUGUUAGUCUGGGCACGAGCGAGCGAGGUGUACCAGUUCAGACGAUUGUGCAACCGGGAAACGAGGAUUACGUUGCGCCGACCUGGCAGCAUCUUCUAAUUGUGCUUGGUGGUGUUGCUGGUCUGGAAGCGGCACUGACUGCAGAUCAAGAGCUUAAGAAAGCCGGUGUGACAGAAGCCAAGGACUUGUUCGAUGCUUGGGUGAAUCUUGUGCCUUCGCAGGGUAGCCGGACCAUUCGUACCGAGGAAGCGCUCUGGAUAGGCCUUGCGAACACGAGAUCCCUGGUUGAGGCUCGGAACUUUGGUCCGUAA